CUCAAACAGCACAAUCAAUGCAGCCGUACAUUUGCAAGAGAAGUACGUACCACAACAAGGCUUAUACAUUAAGGCGUACACUUCCAUGAAAUCACUGCAUUUAGUUCAGUCUUGAAAUAUAAAACAUGACGCGCUAAAAUGGCCACCUAUCAUAAGAUAUGGAAGCAAAUUCAUCAUCUAAACGUAAGUAAGAAAAUUUGCGCUCGAUCUUUAAGAAUAUUUUGAUCAGCAAUAUCGAAAAGGCAAUUCGAGACUGCAAACGUUGAAGCCUGAGGUGAACAUAAAACUCACUUUUUAAAAAACGUACUUUUAUUAGUUGAAAAUCAAUGAAUUCCGUACGAAAUCUCAAUUCCUUUUUUGUUCAAUUUUAUUUUACGUGGUGCCGAUCCGAGCCACGCGAAGGUCUAGGCAAUUUGUAGGGAAAAGGCAGUACUUUCAUUUCUCAGUUGUUUUUUGAAAGACCUUGAAUAUUGGUCUGGCUCCGGGGAUUGAACCGGUCAGUGACCUCCCGCUCUACAGUCGAGCGCUCCCUACCGACCGAGCUAGUCCUGCUGCAGGUUCGGUUAGUUAGGUAUUAUGAUGCUCAAUCACUUUUUGUGAUUAAGAAAGGGGAAAAUAUGUUUCUACAUUUGUGUCUGUAUGUAACGUACUGUCGUGCAGAGUCGUACGUAUGAAUUUUUGUACUUCGUUGCGAUACGAAAAUGUAUUAAAGAAAGAAACUGCUUGACACAUUUUAAAUACGGGUAUCGAUAAUUAGAACUGAAAUAACUUAUUUCUUGAAAUAUCUCGGGGGCCAAGACGACUAGAUUCAAAAAAUGUUUCGUAGUUGCCUAUGUCGCUAAAUUUUUAAAAUAAAAAAUGAAAAGGAUUAUUACAAAAGUAAACAGUAACUUAUAAGACAUACAUAUCUUUCCAACAACAAAAAAACAAAAUGUUUCCGCAAAUGAAUCAAGUUGAAAAGUGGCCACAAAAAAACACCCAGCGGUUUUAAAGCCAUUAGCUACUUAUGCGAGACAUUUUUUAUAACAAUACAUCCGCCGAUCCCAAACUCAAUCAUUGCGAAAAUUUAAAAACUACCUUUGAAGUUUGCUUUUUCGUUUGCCCCAGUUCAUCAAAAAGGUUUGGCAGAAAUGAUUUUUUAUCUUGAUCAACAAGCCAAGAUACAGAUGAAAAAACUCCCUGAAGAAAAACGGUCACUAAAUCGGCCUGUGUUUUAACGAAAAAAUUUGUGCAAAGGACUUUUGUUCGCCUCAAAUUUAAAUUCGUAAUCAGUUUCAUAAAGCUAAAACACAAGUGAAUUAAAGUGCUUGGAAAUGCUUCAAGGUAUUAAUCAAGGAAGCGCCGGGAUUCUAAGACUAAUGUACUUUGAUUCUAUAAAAACCUUUUUUUUAAAAUUCAACUGGCCGGGAAAUUCUACGUUCAGAUUAUUUAAUUCAAAAAUAAUCCUCAUCCGGAUUGGAAAAUUUUGGGAACUAAUGUUUGGUUAACAACCAAAUUUACUUUCCGGAAAAUACACAAUAAAGUUAAAUCAUAAUAAAGAAAAUGGAUGCAUCAAAUAUAGGAAUCACCAGUUUUUUUGGCCAAUGAAUUUAUCUCACGCAAAAUAGUCAGGGCAAAUCUAAUGUUUUGCGGUACUUUUCUUCCUAGAAAGUACACUGAUUUGGCAACUGUACAUUUUAAAAUUUUUAUUUAGCUUGUUUGUUCCUCAUGUGGCUAAUUCUGGGCAAGAGUCCAUUAUUUCAUGUUGCUAUUAUAAUUUUAUUAUAAUUAUUUUGUUUAGAAAAUGCGUCACCAGAAAGGGUACCAUCGUAACGCUUCCAGUCAUGAUUAAUAUAUAGAUUUAGCUAGGGUUAAAAGCGAAGCUGUCGAUAAUAUUUAUAGUUUGCUCAAACAAAAUGUGAAAUCGUGUAAUACAUAGAGGAUAUUACACGGUGGCGAGAAGAUAUGAAUUUUAUGUUCGAGUGGCAAGAACAAUAUCUCACUCGUUCGCUUCGCUCACUCGUGAGAUAUUGUUCUUGCCAAACAUAAAAUUCAUAUCUUCGAGCCAACGUGUAAUGUUCUUUUUAUUAUAUGGAGAAACCAAUUCAACAAAAGCAAAAGGCGGGAAUCGUGACGUCAUUGAACGAUACGACACUCACAAAGGUGACAUACGGAAAAUACGCCACUCGGGUCCCGGAUGAAGUGGCGUAUGGAAUCUACGAGUGGUUUAGUUCCCAGUAAAACACUCUCCUCCAUAUAAUAAUAAAGGAUAUGUUGCCUGCGUGCAGACGUCUCCUAUUUCCUUUGUUGCACGCGUGCAACAAAGGAAAUAGGAGACGUCUGCACGCAGCAAAAGGAUAUGUUACACGGGGCGAUUUGCAACAACGAUUUUUAGCGCAACACAGCGUUACAGCAUUGUUGUGACAUUGUUUUGAAUGGUUGCAAAAUCGUUUCAACAUUGCAACGCUGUAUUGCGCUAAAAAACGUCGUUGCGAUUCGUCCCGUAUAACAUCAUCACCUUAAGCGGCGAAGGCAACAAGAACGAUGAACAAACAACAAUAGGUCUAAUUAGCAAAAAACGGAACGUUGUACGGCCAGCACAUACGGUAUGCCGGGCAUAGGACAGUUGUAUUGAUAUCAGGAAACAUCUUCCAAAACUUGGUCAAAGCUAGUUGCAUUGGUUCUGAAAAAUUUGUCGGGCUCUUUGAGCCAAUUAUGGAAACGGAGAAACUGAUUUUGAAUAAAUAAAUCAAACUGGCCGUAGAUAGCGAAAAUUUUAAUCCACCUUAAACCUGGAAUGAACUUCUAUUGUUCUUUAAGCUUAAAAUCUCUGGCACAAUUUCAUUCAACUGUUCAGUUAAGAAUUCAACGCUUUUAAUUAUUCAAAACUUUCAUUUUAGGAAUACGGGGAUAAUUAAAAUCCAGUGAAAAUCUCCGUUAUACUGACAGCAUUGAAUUUGAAUUUUGCACUUUCCAUUAAUUAUAGAAAUCAAGAUAAGCUCAUUUUCUCUCAUGGACUGAUUUAGUAUGUCUCCUUCAGAGUCGUGACGUAAUUCGCAGCCUUUGAUCCAUGUUUCAAAUGAACAAAAAUUUCCUAGCUGUUGAGAACAGUCAGUACGUCACGAAAAUGCUGCUUCGAGUUUGUAACAAUAUUGAUCAGUUCAGUAAUACUGGCCUCAGUGGUCUAGCGUUAACACUACAGUACUGACACUAGUACAAGAAGAUUAUUGAAAAGUGUUUUUGGCUAUAACGAUUGAGUUGAAUUGAAUUGUGUAAUGUGUGGGCUAAGGACCAAAAACUUUGCCACGACGUUUUUACGUUCGACAGUGUUGGUUUAAGAAAAAUCAUACUCCAAAACCAUGGACAAUAAAGUUCGACGGUGUUGCUUCGGGGGAAAUUGCUCCAAAAACCAUUGACCAACCACUUGAGGCAUCACCGAGACUUGACCUGAAUGAUUUUAUCUCGUAAACGAAAACUUGGGAGAAUUUUUGAAAUACUGUCUGUUUGAUAUUCUUUGAUAAUACUAGCUAUAAAAGGCCGGUAUUUUUUCUAGAGAGCAUCCAAAUCUCUUCAAAAUUCAAAGUUAUGUUGUUUCGAUCUUGGGCUUCCGAUCUCGCUAAGGAGACUAUUACUGCGUGUUUAUUGGGACUUCCGUACGUAUAGAAGCACAUGUAAGUGUCAUGUGAACGCACGUAAAGUGCUCCAUGAGAUGGGCACUGUGUAAGCAUCAUAUUUUGACCGACGCAACAUUCCAUUGUUUUUAUGACCGGCUAUUUUUGGAAUUAAGUAGAAGUCCAUUGGCACUGUGGGUGAAAUUUUAGUGAACGAUAUGGGAACGCAGUCUUUCACAUUUCUUUUAAUCAUUAAAGUAGGAAAACAUUACUUUUCAUACUUUAAACGUCAAAGAUAAUCAAUAUUUUCCGCCAUUUAUUACGUUUGCCAGUUGCCGUUUCAAAGCUUAGCCAUAAGGACACUAUGUUUUAAAAUGAACAUGAUCGAGUCUGAACUGAAGCUUUUUUUGACGUCGCACGGAAUAAAAUUAUAGUUAUUGAGGGAACAAAAAUAAAGGAAUAAAGAGCAAAAUUUUUACCGGAAUUUAAGAAGACCUCAUGUGAAAGCACUUUGAAUAGCAAUCGUUUCCAUACAUUUAUGUUAUGUUUAAUUAUGUAUGAAAAAUGAAAAAUGAAUUUGAUUUAUGCUCAUCGGCGAUCUCAGUCAACUGCAUUACAAAGAAAUCAGACAGCUUAAUUUCUUUUCUUCUACUAUCGUGCAAGUUAAAUAACGUAAAAGUAAUCUGCCAGGAAAAUGAAAGGAAAAACCGACUGUGUAUGUUCUUGUUUUAUCAAUAUAUUAAGUUCUGACAAAUUUUUAGAUGAUUACAUAAUUAUUCACGCGCAGUUUUCUAUUUAGUGGAAGACAUAAUAAAGUUUGACUUUAAUAUUUUAUACUCAUCGCUUCCGUGACUAUCACUAUGAAUGACAGGAAACUUCCAUAAAAAGACUUUUUCAAAUAGCGGUCCGGCUAAGUCAAUCACUGUCUACUUUCCCAUAUUUUUGUCUUUUUUGAUCCCCCGUGAAAGUUAGUAAUCACUCGAAGACGAAACAAUCAAGCAGUUCAUCACUUUUUGAUCGCUGUUCGGCGAGGCUUAGUCGUCCGGGCUUUUUUGUCAACGCAAUUUGUUAGUCAGUUCAAAUCGGCUUGACUUGAAUUUUCUGUAUAUUCCUCAAAAUUCUCGUCAUAGUCUCUGACCGAUAAUGUUUUAAAAAAAGGUACAGAUCCGACAGAGUUACGAAAAUUACUUUAGAAGGAUGAAUUGUUUUGAUACACCGUCUAUCAGCCAAACAGCGGGAAAUCUAGCUAGGUUCUAGUUUUCAGAUCUCUUAUUAUAGUAUUAUUUCUUUUCUAAAUAAAAGAGCUCUUAUUUGCUAUUUUUAGCCCGAACUUGCGAAAUUACAGGCUCAGAGGAGAUAGGACAAUGCGUGGUACGCGGGGGUCAAAAUAUUCUUUAUUUAAGAUACUAUUGGACGAUUCUUUUAAGACUUAAUUAAUUGCAGACAUAUCUAAAUAUCAUAACUGUUGCUCCGAGACUUCUGGACUCUACUGAAAAGCUUGGCAAUUAUGUCCUUGCUUGUACAAGUUAAACAGAUUUGGCAACGUUCGUGAUUUGGCACGGAAAUGCGAAGAGAAAUGUUGAAGAAACUUAGCCAAAAAAUCCUGAAGGUAUGGAUUCAAAAACAAAAAUAGAAUUCAAUAAUCGAUAUAUUUUGCUGCAUAACUGCAUUAUUUCAGGCGUUUUUAAGGUCAUCUUGAGUAAAUAAGGAACGAGUCUACGAGAAAAUCGCAAGUUAGACAAGGCUUCUAUUUUGAAAUGUUAAUGAAAAACAUGAGAAAAAAAAAUUAUUGAUAAUUUUCACUGUAUAACAGCUUACUGUGGUCUUGCUCAUUGAUGCGAAAAAUCUAACCUCAACAGAACUGACCGACCUGAAAGAGUUUUGAAAAGAAACGCAUUAAAUAAGGUUUAAUCUUAAAAUGAUAAAGUUGAACUUUAAGAAAUUGUGUAACAUUUCUCUCAAGGAAACAAACAGCAAAACAGGAAGGUAAUGAUAAGAGACAGUUGCAUAAUUUUUCACCUGAGUUUUUCCGCACGUACGUGGUCACAAUUAGACAUAACAUAACCGCUCGCUUAGAAAACAGAUUUUCUUUUAAAACUGAUAACAGCUAAAUUGCGGACAAUAGCAAACUCAGCCAAGAAUUGAAGUGAGAAGGAAAUAAAACUGUUGAGUCAGGCAACGGCGAGUCAUUUCGUCACAAAUUUGAAAUUUUAUGAGCCUUAUUUUAAGACUUUUCAAAUCUGAUAAUGAACUAGUAAGAUUUAAAAUACAAGUAUUGGACCUCAGACGGUGAUACAUAAAGGAAAAAAAUGCUCCAGAGAUUGUUUUGGGGUUAACUUUGUAAAAGAUUUUCUUAGAACAACUAGUGUUUCAAUAAGCAUUACAUUAAUUACUUGUUUUUAAAAGCGUAUAUUUAACUAUGUUUCCUUGAAAAGAAAACAUGCUCGUCAAAAGCUGGCAACCACAAUGGUAUUACUAUGGUAAUAUAGCAACAUGUAAUCUUGGCUUUAUUUAGGGCUCCAAACUUUUUAUUUUUGUCUUUUUUUGGCUCACGCGAUGUUCGCUUUUCCUCUAAAGUGUUUCAGGAAAUGAAUAAGAGUCUUUCAGUAAUAAGCUGUGGUUCAAUCUAUCUGCUUUGACCAACAUUAUAAAUUAUUGUGGUUACAAAAAAGAACAAAAUUGUAUUUGGACUUAUUGAUCAGGGGCGUCAGUCAUGUAGGGAAUCUCAAUAACUUUUACCUCAUAAUCAGGGAAACCCAACGACGUUUUCCUGUAAAAUAACUGUUCGAAGGAGCAAAUAUUGCCUAAUAAUUUCUAAAGCUCGAGAAAGGCUAAAAAUGUCUGGAUCUCUGUCUAAGAUAUUCGGAGGUUUUCUACUAACUUAGCCACCGACAAUUUUCCGAGGUUGUGACACGUACUCAGUUUCUCACAUUUUAUCUCCAAGAUGGUGCUAUUAUUGUUGAAAAGGUCUACUUAAAAUUUCAGCAUAAUUAGACAAAGCGUCCCCUAAAGUUUUCACGUGAACGUAAGGCUAUUCCAUGUCCUCAAACUUUUGACCGGAUCCAUCAGUGCAGAUCCAUUAAGGUAGAACAGUUUCGGAUGACACGAAAAAGCCACCUUAAACUUUUGAAACCGCUCCCUAUUAAAACAUCCGAACAGAUAAAUAAUUCGUAGGGCAACCGCCCAAAUUAAUCACACAGGCGUCUAUACAGGGGCACCCAACGAGAAUAUGGUUCAAAACCACGAAAACAUAGCAUUGUUAAACGUAUUUUGGUAUUUAAACGGUAGAUAUAGGCAUAUUUUCAUCCCCUAAAAACUUUUCAUCUGUUCGGAUUUCCUAGCUGAAAGUCUAGUAAUCCGAAAAUUAUAGGGAUCAAAACUUACCUUUUGGAAAAUUUCAGCCAGAAAAAAGGCUCCCGAAAAUUCUAGGUGACCUUAUUAAGGUAAAAAUCCGUCAAAAAUAGGCAAUUAUACCAUAUUUUAGAUGUUCGAAAAUCCUAGGAGAAGCAGGCAAGCAAGAAAUUUUACAGCAAAUGUUCCGAAAAUUCUAGAUCUCAAAUCGUCUUCCGAACAGAUAUUUUUCCGAAAAUUGUCGUUGGGUGCCCCUGUCUAUAAGGCAAAGAGAAAACCAUUUGAGAUACUGGUUUUUCAUUUGCAAACAUUCGGUUGUAGGGUGCCUCUGUUAUAAUUACUAGGAAGACUUUAUGAUGAUCAUGAUGAGUAUUUGAAACCACAAUAAAAUCAUCUACUUGUUUUAUCACUUGCUCGUUUUCUAUCAGUAUCACCGUAACUAGACCACCUGAGGGUGGGAAGGAGAGGGGGCGGGGAAGGGAAGGACGAAAGUACCUGAAUAACCAAGCCGUAAAAAAAAAACAUAUAUACCUAAUAGAAACCUUUUUGCACGAGCUUGCAAAAUGAUAAAUAAAUAAUAAAUAAUAAAUAAAUAAAUGGAUGUCUCAGGUGAAUCGCUAAUUCUCAUGCACUUUAUCUAUCGUAAAACUUCUAACCUCUAGCUCGUGAGGCUAAUAUUCACGUAUAAAACUGCGGCCAGCUAAAUUAAGGGCAACAAAAACAUGCAACUUGCCAUAAUUUUGCAACAAUGCGGCAAAACGAGUUAAAAAGCGAUGUUUCGCUUUUUACCACCCACGAAUCAAACCUAUUGCAGCAAAUUAGGCUGUUGCAGGUUGCGAAAAGUUGUGGAAACUUAAGGUGAAUAGCAGCCCUUUUUGCAACAAAAUCGUGACAUAUAUAUAUAUUUCAUAUAACAGUAACACUCAUUUUUUUCACGGGAACAUUUCAACCCACAAUUGACCUGCUCCCAACGUCAGUGGCUUCGUAGCUCAGUUGGUAGAGCAUCACACCCGUAUCGCGAGGCCACGGGUUCAAACCCCGUUGAAGUCCUGAAUUUUUUUUUUCAGGCUUCUUUACGCAAUUGCAUAAAUUGCGUUUACUGCGACGAUCAUUUCUUCAUUUUCAAAAUCGUGACAGCAACUAACUUCAUCUUCGCGUGAUCAUAUCCUAUCAAAAGUCGUUGUCGCGCAGCUAGAAUACAUUGCAACAAUCAGGCUUACAUAAAUCGCCUGCCAAAACGCCGGCAACUAAUACGUGAACGUGAUAGUUUUUUCGCAGUGUGGUCUAUUAGGGUGCUUUCCGCCUUACAACUCUUCUCUUCUUGCACAAAAAAGGAAUGUUCCACGCAGAAAAUUUUAGUAUGCCUAGGUUUAACAAACCCCAUGCUCCACAUUACCUUUUCAUUUUACCCUUGUUCCCAGACAAUUGCCCUAGACACACCAUCCCAGAAGAUUAGACAUCCACACAUGGUCCAAAUAAACGGAUUAACUUAUAAACACUUAAAGUGGGAAGAGGUCCGCUUUACCAUGAUAAGAUCAGAUUGUCUUAUCCGAUUUAGCUUAUAGACGACAAAAAGAAUUAUUAAAAAGUUGUUUAAAAUCCUUAAAAAUGGAAACGGUUUGGUUUGGUUUCGUUUUAUUUGUAAACAUUAAUGCAAAGACUAUAACGAAAUUUUGGUGAGUCACAGCCAAAGAAUGGAAUUCAAAGACCUUUUUUCAACCUCAAAAUAUUCCAUAUACAGUUUUAUUUCACUAUAUUAAAUUCUUAAACUUUUAAAUUAGUUAUGACAUUAUAGUUUCAGUUUUAUUGCUCUGCUAAAACAUUAGUCGAAGCCAAGACAAAGCUUUGAUGACCGUAAAUGCUAAUAAAUCUGUCAACUCUAGAUUUAAAUUGAAAAAUCAAAAGACUGCGAAGUGGAAUAAAAAAAACUGCGCUCUGUUAUUAUCUAUGCGAGGCCAAAUGAAGUAUAGAUGCUUUAAGACACGACAAUGUGUUAAGAACAUCUAAGCAAGCUUUUUUUUGUCUAUCAAUUUUUUAUAGCCGUUUCCUAUUUUUCUUAUCACAAAUGCCGUAACGGGCUCGUAUUAAACCGCCAUGUUUUUUUGGUAUAAAGAAGCAACGAAAAUAAAAAACAUUAUUCAAAUCCACCAUCAAAGUGCUGUUCCGACAAAAAUAUCCGUGACAUUAGGGUAAAUAUAUUAACAAGUGAUAAGCAAAAGGGUUAUAAAACACGUUUUUUCAAGUCUUUGGCGUGUUAAAACAAAACAACUUUCAGGUGCACAGUUGAGUCAAUUUUUACCCACUCUCUUUCGUAAGGGGUGGCUAAAUUCUGUUUUUAAGAUAGUCUUUCUUCAGCGUUUGUAGGCGCCAAGUAGUCAGCUGUGAAUUGAAAGCAAUUUUGGUAAGUUCAAUUUUAUUUCAACGUUAUCUUUCAAUGAAUUUCGGGUCGCGCGUGUUAACUGACUGUCACUGUGAAACUUUUAAGUUUUAUCUUAGUUUGCUUUUUAACUGGACUGCGGCCAUAUGUUAGCCAACUCAUCAAAUGCAGCGAAAACGAUUGAAUGAAUCGAAAUUGUAUAGUUAGAUAAAAUUUUAUGACGAAGAGAUUCCUAAGAGGGAAAAUGAAAAUGUUUAUACUUUACUAGCCAACGCGAAAGGGAAAAAUAAUUGGACAUCAAGAAAUCACCGCCAUAAUGCAAAUACCUGAUUUAAAAUACCAGAAGCCUUAAUGAAUAAACGUUUCACUGCACGUGUAAAUCAGCGUCUCCUAUGAGAUCAAUUAAGCAGAAGAGUAAAAGAAUUCUAGGGGCAAAGAAGUGGUCUAAUAUGACCAUAGCCAGUCGUUCAAAAUACUAAUUUAAUACUACGAAGGACGCAAAUUACUUUAUCGUUGUAGGUGACAAGCAGCGACUCAAAAUGUUGACAUGGUAACUGCCGUGUUUAUUGACAGUACCUUAGUUCUGUAGAUGAAUAUGAAUAUUGAGCUUUUUCAGUUGCUACCUUAAGGAACAACGUACACUAUACUGUUUUUGUUUUUAGAUAAGCAAAUAAAUCCCAGUAAGUUACUCACAAUCCAAACAAGUAGAAAUGGUCAAAAACUUUCACUUGGAAAUCUUUCAUACCUUAGCGGUUUGGUUAGAAGAAAAAGACAGUUGAACGCUGUAAGCGGUCAUUUCUGAAAACGUUUAGUGAAUCUUGGCGUUGUUUUAAGAGAAUUAAAUUAACAGCAAAAUCCGUGGACGAGGAUCCUGCUGGUUAUCAACGUUUUAAGAAAGGUCGCUUAAGGGAGUUCGAUUUACUGGUAAAAAACACGUUAUAAUUAAGUAAACGUAGUCAGUUUUGAAGCUCUAGCUUUCAACUUAAUCUUGUGGAUAUUUUUACAACUAGUUGCCUACUGGAUUUGAGUUUCAAUUUUUCUCACUAUUUUGUUAACAUCUGUUGGUGUUCGUCAACCUUUGAAGAGUACCUUUUCGUCUGAUAUAGUGAAACAGACGGCCGGAGCACUGUACGAAGGAAUACAUAUUAUAUACCAGUCAAUCCCGCUUUGGAGGAUAUUGUUCACCGACGGACCCCAGGCCGCCUUAGUGACCGAACGGUCAAUGAUGUUUAUUCGCGAUGUGUUUAUCUUUUUAUCACCCUGGUACACCUCCAAAAAAGCGAAGGAAACAAAAGAUAAAAGCGUUGUUGCUCUUGAACUACAGUAAUAGCCUCCACUCUCAAGGUUUUAAUUCGCAAAAUAAUGUCGGAUCACUGACUUGUAAAUAAAAGCGUGUUUAAAUACGAAUUUUUAACAACUUUUUUAACAAGGAUUACUUUCAAAUAUAUUUUUAUUCCAUAAAAAUGCAGAAUCCCUCGAUAAUGGAUCCCUAAAACAGUAUGAAUGCAUACUCUUCAAAAAAAUGAAUAAACAAUGAAUUUGAUCUCGUUAGUAUGUGGCAGUAAAGUGCUGUACACACUUGCGUAUGAAACGUUCUGCUAAAAGCUUCGGUUUUAGCAGACCAUCGAUCACUUACAGGGUGAAAAAGGCCCACAUUAAGACAAUACCCCACAAAUGGCUUACAUUUGGAAUCGGCUCUAUGCGACGAAUCAGUUGGACUAAAGCCCAGAUUUCUUUUCUGUAAUUAUUCAUAAACUGUCUGGAAAACACCUGCCGGCCUGAACGGAAUGAAUUUUUGUCCCUUUUUUUUCCUGAAAAUGUAAUUAUUUUGUUAAAUUGCGUCGCACUUGCAAAAUAAUCCCCCGUUCUAAGAAUCGCGUCUUUGAAAGCACUGAGGCACUGACAGCCUUUACAAUACAUUAACUCUGAGUUCACGCCUGCAUAUUCGCCAGCAGCAAACAGAGAAGUUAUCAUGGAGAGCUAUCGAGAAUUCAAAAACGAGGUAAAGCGAAAGUUUUUUCACUUUGAUACUUUACCUAUUAAGUAAUUUUAAGUUCGGAUAUUACCACGGAAUAUCGCUGAAGACCAACACUGACAAUGAUUUAAAGUUGGUGAAUCGAGGAACAAUUAUAUCGGCUCCCGAAAGAGUAUUAUUUCUUUUUCUUGACCAGCAUUUUAAUAUUAUUCUUAAUGGCAAAGCGCAAAAAUUUUGCUAUGUUUUAGCAGCCAUUGUAAAGACUAAUUCUAGCCUGAGCAAGGUUGGAAGUUGAGUCACUACCGAAUAACUUUCCUGUAAAGCUUAGUAUUGCCUUCCGCAAAACCCUGACUGAUUUUAAAAGCGCGGAACCUAAAUAGUAAAUUAUUCAUUCGAACUCCAAGAAUUGGCGACUCUAUACUGGAAUCUAGCUAGUCAUCCAAACUCUUCUUGCUAAAAGUGGUUUUAUUGUGUAAUAACAGAUGCUGAAUGCCGUUUUCAGCAUUUUACGAUAUUCUGACCACAGACGCCAUUAACCUGACGCUUCAGCGUCGAGUUUGAACUAGUGUAUUGCUUUAUCGUACAACUGUAUACAGAUGAAUCUAUUGGCUUUCAUUUUUCAUGUUUUCAAAAUAACCUUCUUUGAUGGUUCCCGAAAGUGGGGGGAUAAUAUCCAUAAUUUUUAAUAUGAGAAGACAGAAGAGAAAAUUGAACGCAUUUAAAAUUUGGUGAAAUUAUAUAUUACUGAAUAAACACUGACUUCAACAUGACAGAAUUAAACUCAUAACAUACGCCGUUCCUCUCAUAGCACGAUACACAAGUAGCGAUCAAUUUGCUUCUUAGCCUAUAUCUCUUUAUCCCAAAGAUACCCUAACGCUGUUAAUUUUUUUUUAAAUGACUCUUCUCAUACUAUUCUCUCUGUUGGAGAUUUCGCUAACGAUCAAAAGUAAAUUAAUGGUUUUACGGAUUCCAAAUAAAUAUUUUAUUACACAACUCGAAGGCAAUGAUACUGUAUACUAGUUUAGUAUUCUUUUUGUCACUGUCUUUUCUUGGGAUUGCAGAUCAGUUACGAGGGAUAAAAAUGAUGCUAUACAAAGCUUUUGAUCAAAAGCUGUUCACGGCUUUCAAACUUUACAAUACUCAUUGCUAAUAUUACGUUAGAGGCCGAAAGCCCUCAGUGAUAGCGUUUGAUUUUCGUCGACUCCAAUCUUUCUUUUACGUAUUUUUUGCGUUUAUUUCAAGUCAUAUUUUAAUUAGUCUCAGUGCAACAAGCGUGCUACAACUACAUUUUUGGGUCCACCUAGAUUUCACAAGAGCGUAACCUAAGAAAAUCCGAAAACGAAUUGUUCAGUAAUAAUAAAUUUGCUGUCACCUGCAGGGGGUCAUGUAUAAUUCAUGUAAUCGUCCUGCUCAUCUCUGUUCAAACACCUUUUUCCUGUGACGUUUAAUCUAAAUAGCUCCUUAAUUGUUCCAAAUCUGUUGCGCCAAAGUUGAAGUUUUUUUAAAAUUUGUUUUGGGGGGUCACUGUCUUAGAAUAAAUUGUCUAGGCUAAUCACUCGAUACUGAGAAUUCUUCAAAAUUGCUAUCUUUGAAUGUUGAAAAAAGAAAGUCGAUUUUUCUGUUGAAUUUUUUAUUUGUCCAUUUAUGAGGAGUGUAAGUGUAAAUGAAUAUGUAUAAAACGUGUUUUCUUUCUAAAUAAACAAUAAAAAAAGCAAUGCUUGCUAUACAAUUGAUUUAUUUCAAUUUUUUUUUCUGUGGAAGAAAAUAUAAUCUCAUAGCUGCCCUGUCAAAUUCGCUUUUUUACUGUUUGCUUAUAAAAAAAGUUGCUCAGAUCCAUCAGGAUCUGCCGGUUGACCCUUGCUAUUUAUUAAGUACAAUAAUAUUUGUAGUCUCCUUCGCAGCUGCUCGGGCCGGAGUCACGCAAUGCUCCCCACCCCCAUUGCGUGAUUCCGGCCCGAGCGGCUGCGAAGAAGACUACAUGUAUUUAUUGAAGAUAUUUUCUUUAUGUUUAUAGCCGAUGGGGGGGUGCUCAUCGGCUGUAGCCCCAGAAGACCCAAACGGCGGACAGCAAACUGUUAAAAACAACUGGUGUGCCUGUUGUGGAUCAAGGUAAGCAAUGCGUACACAAAAAGAAAAAUAAUAAUAAAAAUUUUUUAUUGAGGUUAGAACUUAAUAUCUCUUGAUAAUCUGCACGUGGCCCUCGGAACAAAAAAUAAAUCAAAAAACACAAAAAUCAAUCAAAAAAACUAUGAUUUUCAUGGGCAAGAAUUUGAAGAUAAACGGCUAACUAAGGAAUUGCUAAAGAUGUCCAUUGCAAUUUACAAACUUCAAUUGGCAUAAGUUUGUUUUCGAAAGAGCACGUCAAGCUAGAGCAGUCUUUCAACUCCUCAGGAAGUCUGUUCGACAAGCUUGCAGCACUAAAAAUAAAAAGCAAAAAACAAAACAAAUUUAAAGAAGAAUAAAGAAAUAGAUAUUUUGAAGUCGGGUAGCGAGCAUUUUAAAUUUGCCCUAGAGCCGUGUUAUGUGACAGAGAGAGAGACUUGAUGAUUAAAAAGGGCAAAAGUAGUUCAAUAUUUAAUUAUUUUCGCUGAAUAAUCUGAUCAGAAUGCUGGUUUGCAUUUUUUACUUGCAGGCAGGACUCUACAGCUGCCUUGUUGGCCCAAAAAGAAAAGGAUCUUGACUGUGAAAGGUAAACCCCCUUCAAUAUUCAAAAUAUGUUUUUUGUUUCUCUCUUCAAUUAUUCACAUGUAUUCAAUCGAAACAUAAGUUAAGGGGGCAGUUUUGUUGAAAGCAUUGUUUUUUGUUCGCUCGUCCUUUUCUUAAUAUUUAAAGAUUUCAUUCAAUAAAAAAUUGAUUCCAUUAAUGGUACCUUUACCUGCUUGUUGUUUUGUUUGCUCACGCCUGAUUGGCUCUUCCAUUGCAACACAAUAACAUUUCAGAAAUAUUUUUGGUGUUAACGGCUUUGUGAAGUUUUACAGCCAUCCUGGUGUCGAAUUUGUUUCUACUUAUGAUGGUUAUUACGGGCGAGCAAACGCGAGCCCGCUGAAGUAUUGCGGGUGGGGGUGCUCAGCGGCACUGUAUAAACUGUGUAGCAAGGUUUUUCUAAAAUCUGUCCACAUCCCUUGAAAUGCCUUUGUCCUGCGUACUAAUAUGAAAGGAAUGUGGCCGUGAAGGUCCUGGUGUUUUAAGGUCCAUUUAAUGUCACUGCAGAGACUGUGGUCACGAUAAUCACUUGAAUGCGUAUGCAAGUGACUCAACAAUAGCCUGCAAUAUUUGCUUGAUUCGCAAACACACGUAUAUAAAGGUAUAUAAAGUUACUUUAGGUUACACUACAGUGCAUGGGGAUCUGCAUGGUCUUUCACAUUUUAUGCGUUUCCAAGCAUGUUUCGUCGCUUGUCAUCUGAAAGCUUCAAUAAUAUUUAAUUUAAGCUUUUUCAUUAUUUUCUAUUGCAUCUCAACGACCCUUGGUCAUUGAACAGGGAUUGAAUAACCUAUUGUAUAAUAGACUUCGUGCAGUCAUGACUGUAUACAUUUCAAGUUGAGCGUUGUUUUGUCACGCAAUGCUGUUUCCAUUGUAUCUUUGCCUGCGAAUACAGCCGUCUCUUCUCGCUCCUUACCAUUUGCAGUCUAUUAAAGUGUAUCUAAGUAACCGUGAAUAAGAGCGUUGAAUUCAAUAUAAGUCUUGUUUACUCUGUUGUUAAAUUUAAGUUCUCGCAAUCAUGAUCCACUCUUAUUCCUUUUGUUGACACUGGAAAUAACAGCAGUGAGGGCUUUCUCUGAUUCACGUUACGAAAGCGGUUCUCAACAUGAAUCACAUCUCUAAGGUAAACGCACAUGUUCGCGCGCACUUUCUAACCAUCGGUUACUGCUAGUUCCACAUAUUCUACUUCAUGUAACCCUGUAUUGCAAUGGAAAAUUGUAUAAUAUGAAUGAAUGAAUGAAUGGGUGAGAAGCGCCCUUAUUGUUGUGACGUGAUUAUACAUUUAUUAAUUGAUUCGUUUCCCACGUACUGAGCUUUUGAAACGACAUAAGUUACUGUGCCUUCCGUUACGCUGCUCGAAUUCUCGAAUAAAUGCCCCGAGUUAACUUUGGAAGAGUUCCGGGGUGUUUUCGGGUGAAGUUCGAGAAGCCUAACGCUAACACUGUUUGUUUACUCUCUUAUCGACAGACCAACCGCAGAAGAAGCUAAGAAGUGGCAAACGUCCUUUGAAUCUGUGCUUAGGCAUAAGUUUGGCAUUCAACUGUUUCAGGAAUUUCUUCGUUCCCAGUACGGCGAGGAAAACCUCAACUUUUGGCUAGCGGUUGAAGAAUACAAGAAACUCGACGAAAGCAGCAGGGCGGAAAGAGCAAGAAUGAUUUAUGAAGAUUAUGUUUCCACUCUAUCACCAACAGAGGUUAGACACUGAUUUCUACCACUUUUUCUAUUUUACCUUUCAAGGAGACUUUGUCACGCCAAUUUCAUUUUUAAUUUGCUUUGUUUUGCCAAUAGGCCCGUUGCAAAACCUUGUCACGUUCUUAGAUACCACUUAGCAACGGCUCGCCAGUUGGCAACCCGAAGCGUUCAUUCAGGUCACAAAGCUUUGCAUGUGAUUGAGCGAAGCCUUUCUACGUUAAUUCAACGUUUUUAAGUCUUCUAUUCCCAGUUACUUCGGUUAAUAUUCAUCAGAAUGAUUAAAUUAAUUAACUAGGAGUGCUUCGCUGGAUCGCAUAGUAUAGAUAGGAUAGUUUGCGAUCCAGCGAGCCGUUGCUAAGUGGUAUUCAAGCACGUGACCAAGUUCUGCAAAGGUUCUCAUGAUUGCCCAGUGUUAUGUCAAAACAACAGUCUCAUAGCAAGAACGAGUAUGCCUACCGAAUGAUUACAUUUCCAAGUUACAAACAUCUUUGAAUUUUGUGCAGUAUUCAAAUGCUCCAAAAUUGGUUUAUCCUUUUAUCUUCAUUUUUUACCCAAGUGGUGGCCAUUUUAUAAUUUAAACUAAAUUUGGCUAAUUUACGUGAGAAAGUUUCUGUAAAGGAUAAAAAUAGUUGCCAAGCAGCAGCAUAACGAAGCUAUCUCGUGGUUUGGUAGAAAAAUUAGCGCCCUUUCCUCGUCCAAUCCAACUCCCGUGCUUCGCAAUGCAGCCUGCGAAAACAUCCGUUUCUCCUCGCUCUUCGCCGCUGGGGACGUUUCGCGCGGAGGAACGUGGACGUUUCUCCGUGCGAAACGUCCCCAACGGCGAAGAGCGAGGAGAAACGGAUAUUUUCGCAGGCUAUUGGCAAUGUUUUAAAUGCGUUUUAAUGCUCACCCUUAUAAACCCCUAUGGAUCGUUUUCACUCACGUAAUCAGUAGCUAUGCAAAUUUUUUGAAACAACAGAAAGUUUUUAGAUGAGAAAAGAGUUCAGUCCCGUACAGUAAUUUUUUGGUACACCAACCAUAUCCCCAUUCAUUGUUUUUUACAUCAAUAUGGCCACCGUGACGUCAUGUGAAAACAAUUUUUAACUCCGCCCCACUUCUGAAUUUUCCUUAGCCUGUCGUUAUUCUUUGCCAUUUAACUGCGAUUUUUUUAAAGAAACCAUGGCAUUAACUUAGCUCGAAGCAGAUGAAGCAAAAUGUAAGAAAGGACUGUCUCACCGGAUUUCAUCGAAGGUCCUUUUUCAGCUUGUGCAAAGCAAGCUGAUGGGAAAUUGGCCCUACUUGUGUCAUUGCGCUUUCUUUUCUUCUAGUCGUCCUAUUUUUUUUUAUCUAAAUAGCCCCUACAACCCUAAUUAUUCCUACAUUACCUAGGCUAGUUGCAUGGCAAAGUUGUACCGACAUAAGUGAAUGGGCAGAUUUAAUGCUGACCAAUUAUCUCUUUUCGUAGAUAAGCCUGGACGCCAAAGUUCGAGCAGAGAUCGACAAUAACAUGAACAAUCCCACUGUCGACACUUUCAAAGUGGCACAGGAUCAUAUAUUCACCCUCAUGUACCACGACUGUUUUCCUAGAUUCAUCAAAUCUAAGCAUUACAAACAACUUCUGAAGAGACACUGACCAAGAAUCAAUGCAACUCUCACCACGUCAUCACCUACUUCUCUAGUUUGUUUUCAUAUACAAUCCAGCGUUCCGUUUUACACUCCAGAUGCAUGCAGUCAUGAAACCCAUGCUGGUAGCCAUACUUUUAUCUUUCAACUCAAGUUACUGCGCUGUUAUCGAUAACACGUUGACAACACUCUACACCGUUCAUCGUUUUUCAAUGCGCAAUUUAUCAUAGAUCAAGACAGUCUCAGCAAGGUUUAUCGGUCUAAGUAAAGUCACGAAAAGUCAUAUGAAUUGGGAGUUUUGGACAACGAUGACUUGAUGUGCUCCAUAUGCAAGCAUGUAGAGGUGGUGGCCUUGUGCCACAGCAAUUCAGUCAGUUCAGAAACCCAAAGGCUUCGGUCAAUUUUUUAAUUCAACCAAAAAAUUGUAGGAGCAUCCGUUUCGAAAGUUAGAUUUUUACGGAACUCAACCAAGAGAUGUAUUGCAACCUCCUUAACUUCUUACGUUUUCUGGAAAGGAGGCACCUUUUUGUGAAAGCUGCCAGAUCCUAAUUUAGUUUAUUGUUAAUUUUUUGUAGAGAAUUUAAGCGGGUAGGAUGUGAGAAUCGGGGAAAAUAUCAUUUUAAGUGAAUGCGACGUUAUUCGUCAUCCCAAACUGCCUCUGACGUCAAUCCCGGUCCAUUCUGCCAAAUUAAAUCCCAGCCUCGUCCCCACGCCAGUUUACGUUAUCCGAGUGAGCAGAGGAGGGAGGCUUGGAACAAAGCAGGAACUUUCCCGACUUGACAGGUGACGUCCUCUCUCGACAUUAAAUCCGGUUGUGACUAGAAUGGAUACCUCAAAAUCAGAUAGGACACCUUGUGUUUAUUACGCAACGGUAUACUAUAUUUAGGCGAAUUUAUUGGCCACGAGAACUUUUAGAAAAGUGGGGAAAUCAGAGUAAGAGAGAGUUGUGCAGGGAAAAGAGUUCAAUACAGGGUUUAGCACCGAAGUACAGUGAUUAGGGUUAAGCACAGUUUUAAAAACGGUUAGCUUUCAAUAAUGUAAUGAUCAACGCCAUGUAAAGUACGUUAAAAUUAACCGGUGUCGGCAGUUAGCCCUUGAUGGUGUAGUGGAUACGGAUAUGGAUUAUACAUCAAAUGACACGGGUUUAAGUUCUACAUACUACCUACUGUUUUCUUCUGUUUUCUUUCUUCUCUUAUUUACUACUUUAAGAUGUAAGAAUCUUAUCAUGUAUUUUGAGUGAAGACGACAAUCUGACUUUGAGGUAUCCAUUCAAGUCACAACCCAUCCAAAUAGCCUAGGACGAUUGGGAACGAGGCUGCCAAAUUCCUAUAUUUUGAGAUGCAAUUUUUCUCGGCUCAUUCAUGAUCCAAACCGAAUGUGCACAAUCAGAUUCAAACUGAAAAUGAAUAUGUUUGUCGUUUAUACAUAAUUGUGUAACAUAAAUUUUACUGACGAAAGUGACUUAUUUAAAGGCAAACUGAAAAAGGGUAACUCGGAAAAUAAAAAGUUUAAUUGUUAAGUAAAUCACAUUCAAUUCGCCAACGGCGCGCAAGCGGGCUCAAAAAACGCUUGUCUUUGGCAAAAAUCGUGCUUAAUUUGUACAGAACGAUCAGCAAAAAUUGGUUGGCAAGCCCAACAAGCAGCAAAUGUGUCAGUUAUUUAUGAAGAUUAAUUAAAGAUUAAUUAAAAUUAAAUACUCAGUCGAAGAUAAUAUAAAUUACUCACUUGUACAUAACAGAACUGCUGUCGUUAUGAAAAAAUUGGCUU